AAACAGCGCGCUCGUUUGUUUGACGCACCAAUUGAUAGUGAAGCGUCAUGGCGGCGCCCACUGUCGCGCUCGCCUCGUCUCGUCUCACCUCCUUUUCUUACACCCUCAUUCAUGCUGUCACUGCUACUGCCGGUCCUUUUAUUGCUGCCCGCAGUGAAUGCCCUGUGGAACGUAUCAGUGGACGACACGUCGCCCCUCAUCACGUAUGCCGGGAUAUGGGAGCCCUCCUCGUCCCAUAGGUCCAGUCUGGAUUUUGGCGGGACGCAUACAGGCACUAGCGAUGUGAGAGCUAGCGCCACAUUCAAGUUCACAGGCGUUGCAGUGUACUACCUGGCACCGCUCUGGCCGUACGCCGUGGACACUGUGAUUACGUUCGACGGGGAGCGUAGUGUGGUUGUCAAUCUCACUGAUCCAUUCGCGUCGACCACGAGUGUCGGUGGAUCCGAGUCUUCGCUGUGGGAUGGGAUAACCGUUUUAUCAUUUGCGAUGGCUUUUAGUUACAGCUACACGAUAGAAAACGGAACGGGCUCUGCGUCUUCGUCAUCGUCCUCCCCUUCGUUGUCAUCCCCUACCAACUCAACAGGCGUCGCCCCGAAACCACCGCCGAAAGACUCCCUGUCGAUCGCGCUCGGUGUCGGAUUGGGCGCAGCAGCAAUCAUCGCAGGCGCCUUUGCCUUCUACUUUUUCGUUUUGCGACGGCGCAAUCCUCGCGGUGACUACGCCCGCACAAACAAUGUAUUGGACCAUUGGGGCCGGUUUGACGACCGCAACUCUAUGCUUUACCCCACGCCCACGCCACGUCCAUUGCGCCAGCGGAAGCAGGGUGACGAGAGCGACAUCCAUAGCCACGGCGUCUUCUUCCCGUUCGACUGGGGGGUGGGUGGUCUCGGUCUCGAAGUGUGUGCGCUGCCGAUGAGUGAGAAGAGUCGUACGAUGGAGGAGGAGGUAUAUGCGGCCGCCCCGCCCGCGUAUACCGAAAGCUGA